CCCCCGCUAAUGCCAGCGGGGACGGAAGCCGGUAGGACUCAGCGCGCUGGGAAUCGAUGACUCGGCGCUCGCCCCCGCCUCUGCUGGAAGCGCCGAGUGCUCGAUAGAGCAGCUGACUUGCUGCUGGGCCCUCCGCGCAGCCCCGGCCAUUUCCCAGCCGGCCCGGAGCGGUGAGCGGGAGCGGGGACGAGGCAGUGUAUUUCUCUGCCACCGCCUUGUACAGGAAGAUCAAGACCAUUUUUGUGAGAAGAAAACAUGCCUCCAAAAUUCAAGCGUCACUUAAAUGAUGAUGAUGUCACCGGCUCAGUGAAAAGCGAAAGGAGAAACCUUUUAGAAGAAGAUUCCGAUGAGGAGGAGGACUUUUUCUUGAGAGGACCUGCAGGACCAAGGUUUGGACCCAGGAAUGACAAGAUCAGGCAUGUCCAGAACCAGGUGGAUGAAGUCAUUGACGUCAUGCAGGAGAACAUCACCAAGGUGAUUGAAAGGGGAGAGAGACUGGAUGACUUACAGGAUAAAUCAGAAAGUUUAUCAGACAAUGCAACAGCGUUCAGCAACCGAUCCAAACAGCUUCGAAGACAGAUGUGGUGGCGAGGGUGCAAGAUGAAGGCCCUUGUUGCUUUGGUUGCUGUCAUCCUCUUGCUAGUGAUCAUUAUCCCUAUCAUCCUGAAAUACCACACUUGACUUGAUGGCUGGAGAGCUCUGUGGAAGUGGCUCUGGGAUGAUAAAGCUGCUGUGUAAUUUAAAUGAAACAUAUGUAUAUAACUGAGGUGAUUUUUUUCAAGAUGGUGAAAGAGGCAAGUAGCCAGUUCUAACUAGGGCAUUCUGAGAACUGCCAAAUGACCCUUUUCCACAUACAUUGAUUUAUAACAAGGUUGAAUGUCCAAACCCUAUUUUUUGCUAUAUUCCAGGAAUCCCAGUUUGGAACUAGCUACUUGCUAAUACAUUUUAUUUGUGUAUAUAUAGUUAAGUAGUAAUGAGGUUAUUUAUAAUUUAAACACAAUUUCCUACUGCCAGCUGCCGAAGGUAGGAGCUCAGUUGUUUCAUGCAAGUGAAGGAGGAGGAAAGUAGCAUUAUGUUAAAGGGAAUCUAACCAUUCUGUGAAUAAUUGCAAGGAUGUCACUUUCUCAGUUUUUUAAAAAAAAAUUAGGUUCUGCAAACCAAGAAACUUUCUGUACUGUCAUGGAGAUGUGCAAGCUAAGUGUUUUCAGUAUUGCUGCUUACAGCUGUGACUAAAGACAUUCCACUAAACCUAUUUUUGACUGUAAGUGUGGAACUC